AUGGAUGACACUCAAUUUGAUCAGCCCAUCGAUGCCGUUUUCGGUGAUCGUGUUCGGCGGUUCCAGGAGUUCAUUGAUCAGAUAAAUGUCCAAGGGACAAACUACAGAAACCAAAUCAAGGAUAUGCUCAUGAAGGGAAGGGUAAGACUAUUCGUAUCACUCGAUGAAGUGCGUGAUUUUGAUGUCGAGUUUUGGCGCGGCUUGUUGAACACUCCUGUAGAGUUUUUGCCCGCUUGUGAGCGUGCGCUAAGAGACACCGUUUUGACCAUUUAUGAUCCUAAUGAUGACCGCUACCAACCAUUAGAUGACGACCAACAAUUUUACAUCGGGUUUAAGGGUGCCUUUGGAGGACACUCCGUGACUCCGAGAACGAUCACCGCAGACAUGCUUUCUACCAUGGUGACAGUGGAGGGUAUUGUGACUCGUGCAUCUCUUGUGCGUCCCAAAGUGAUCAGAUCGGUUCACUAUGCCGAGAAGACUGCUCGAUUUUAUGCAAAAAACUAUCACGAUAACACAACAUCUUUUGACGCCAUUUCCACGCCAGCGGUAUACCCAGUGGAAGAUCCUGAUGGAAACAAGUUGACACCUGAAUAUGGUUACUCAACCUAUAGAGAUUAUCAAAAGAUUUCUGUUCAAGAGAUGCCUGAGAUCGCUCCUGCGGGCCAAUUGCCUAGAUCUGUGGAUAUUGUGCUCGAUGAUGAUCUAGUUGAUCUCACAAAACCGGGUGAUCGUGUCGAGAUUGUUGGUGUCUACAGAGCAUUAGGAGGAGCAACUAACAACAACGCCUCCUUCAAAACUGUUAUUUUGGCUAAUGCUGUUUAUCCAUUGCAUGCUAGAUCCACUGGUGUGGCCGCUCACGAAAAAUUGACCGAUUCUGACGUUCGGAACAUCAAUAAAUUGGCACUGGAGAAGAAAAUAUUCGAUACUUUGGCCCAGUCUCUCGCUCCUUCUAUUUACGGAUUCGACCAUAUCAAGAAAGCUGUCUUGCUCAUGUUGUUUGGUGGUAUAGAAAAAAACUUGGACAAUGGCUCUCACUUGAGAGGUGACAUCAAUAUCUUAAUGGUGGGUGAUCCCUCUACGGCAAAGUCUCAAAUGUUGAGAUUUGUUUUAAACACUGCAUCACUUGCCAUAGCAACCACAGGUCGUGGUUCCUCCGGUGUUGGUUUGACCGCUGCCGUCACCACUGAUAAAGAAACUGGUGAAAGAAGACUUGAAGCUGGUGCGAUGGUUCUUGCAGAUAGAGGUAUCGUGUGUAUCGAUGAGUUUGACAAAAUGUCCGACCUGGAUCGUGUGGCCAUCCACGAGGUGAUGGAACAACAAACUGUCACCAUCGCAAAAGCUGGAAUUCACACCUCUCUUAAUGCCAGAUGUUCCGUUAUUGCUGCUGCUAAUCCAGUAUUUGGCCAGUAUGAUGUUCACAAAGACCCUCAUAAGAAUAUCGCCUUGCCUGAUUCUCUUUUGUCCCGUUUUGAUUUACUUUUUGUCGUCACCGACGACGUUGAGCAAACAAAGGAUAGAGUUAUCUCGGAGCACGUUUUGAGAAUGCACAGAUUUAUUGCGCCUGGUCUUGCUGAGGGCGAGCCAAUUCGCGAGCGGGCCACUCUUUCUUUAGCUUCAGGAAUGGACGACACCGUCGAGGAGACGGAGCAGCCAGUCUUUGAGAAAUUUAACCCCUUGUUACACGCAGGUGUGGCUGGCCGCGCCGGUAGUGAAACAAGCCCUACUAUCGUUUCCAUAUCAUUUCUCAAGAAGUACAUUCAAUACGCAAAGCAACGUAUUAAGCCGAUUUUGUCCAAAAAAUCGUCCGAAUACAUCGUUGCAACAUAUGCUGCGUUGAGAAAUAGCGAUCCUUCUGAAACAAACAAGAGAACUGCUCCAGUAACUGCGAGAACUUUGGAGACCUUGAUUCGUCUAGCCACUGCACAUGCAAAAGUGAGACUUUCGAAGUCUGUGGACGUCAAGGAUGCCAAAGUCGCUGAAGAAUUGCUUCGUUUUGCCUUAUUCAAGGAAACUUCGAAGAAGAGCAUGCUUAAAAGAAGAAAGACUGCUCUGUUUGGGUAUGAGGAGGAAGAACUUUCAAUGUCCGAGUCUGAGCCAGAGCCAGCACUGCCACACGACGACAGCGAUUUCGAGCAACCUGCUGAGGAUGAGGAAGACGAAUAUGUGGAGGAGAUGGCAGAUGACAUGGAGGAUUUGGUACUCUCUCGCGAAAACCUAUCCGACCAGCUUCCAAGGGAAGAGCCAUUGACGCAAAUACAAACCAACGUUUCUAGUGUUGAUGCCAAUACUGGGUCCACUGGUCUCACUUCGGAAAGAUACGAGAUAUUCAAGAGGUUGAUGCUGAGAAUAUUGGAUUCUGACUUAUUCAGGAAUGAGUCAGCGUCUUGUCCUAUAAAUACCACAAUGGCCGCCGUGAAUGAGAAUCUCGCACAAGAGGAUGUUUUCUCUGAAGCGGAAUUCAAAGCAGCAGCCAAAGUCAUGGUUGAUGAAAAUAUAAUUAUGGAUGGAGACGGCAAGAUUUGGAGAAUCUAG